CCAUCUUCGCAGAUUCGAUGAACAUGCACAUAACCAAGUACAGUUAAUGUUAGUGGGUGACCAACACGGCGGAACGAUCGCCAUCAUACACUCAGCCGUAGACUCAUGGCAGGACAGGCCUCCAAGCCCUCAUCAUCCACGGAGGGGUUUUUCCAAAGCCUCCCCAAGAUCCUUCCCUGCUAUAAUUUCACGGCAGGCUCCAAGAAGAACCACAAUAAAUCUGACGAUGUAGUCCUGGGUCGAAUCUUGGAGCUUUAUCUUCCCCGCGACUGCAGCAACGUGGGUCAAUCCAUCCACAACGUCGCUCGCCGUGCCCUUGAUCCCUCCACACUCCAGGACAGUGUCGACGCGGAGAUCAACCAGCCUUUUCUUCGUCCACUCACCACUUUUGGCGAAGAAAACCGGAACGAUCCCCUAUGGACAUCAGCCGGCUGGAAAGCGCUCAAGGCAAUCGGCCAGGAAGAGGGUCUCGUGAGUUCAGCGUACGAGACGGAAAGCGCAAGUUGGAACCGCCGCGUGCAUCAAUUCGCUCUGAACCAUGUUUGGUCUGGAAGUGCUGCCAUGACGGGCUGCCCUGCAUCUAUGACAGACGGAGCAGCCAAGCUUCUUGCAGCUCAUCUAGGUGAUCCCGAUGGAGACCAACCUGGUCGGAGCGAGGUCAUGCGUGAAGCUUACCAACUCCUCGUGUCGCGAGACCCUAGAGUCGCGUGGACAAGCGGUCAAUGGAUGACGGAGCGAACGGGUGGCAGUGAUGUGCGAGGAACGGAGACGAUCGCACGUCGGCUUACACAAGACGAAGUGCUCCAGGGCGCCUCUCACGACGCCCAUGGUAUGCCACUUGGCCCUUGGCGCAUUGACGGUUUCAAGUGGUUCAGCAGCGCGACGGACUCGGAGAUGACAGUGAUGCUCGCGCAGACAACCAAGGGACUCAGUCUGUUUUACGCACCAAUGCGGCGGCGCGUUUCGGCAUGUGCGAGCGAGACUGAGCUAAAUGGUAUUCGUAUUCAGCGACUGAAAAAUAAACUAGGUACCAAGCAAUUACCCACAGCGGAGCUGGAGCUCAAAGGAGUGCGAGGCUGGCUGAUCGGUGAAGAGGGACGGGGAGUGAAAGAAGUGGCCACCAUCCUUAAUGUCACUCGUUUGUACACAGCCGCUGGUUCCACGGCAGGUUGGGGCCGCGGUCUGGCCAUCUGUCGGGCCUACACGCGAGCUCGCAAGGUUCAAGGCUCUCUUCUCGAAGAAAACAGGCAGCACGUACGGUGGAUGGCAGAUGAAACAGUGAAAUAUUGGGCGGCGAUGCACUGGACAUUCUUCGGCAUUGCGCUGCAGGGCUCCAUCGAACAAGAUUGGAACUUGAUGGUCCGUAAUACCAAAGCCACUCCGCUAAUCCCACGGGAUAAGAAACAAGCUGCAACUCUGCUACGACUAAUUACACCCGCAUUAAAGGCACUGGUCAGCGUGGAGUCUGUUCAUGGCCUUCGUGCAUGUAUGGAGGGUCUGGGCGGGGUGGGAUACUGUGAGAACAAUGAAGAUGGCGGCAUCCUCAACAUAGCGAGGAUUUUCCGCGACACACUGGUCAAUCCAAUUUGGGAGGGUACAGUCAGUGUGAUGGCUGAAGAUGUGGUUCGAGUCAUUACCGACAGGCGGCUCGGGGACGGCAGAGUCCUCGAGAACAUCUUGGGUCAGUGGACGCGCAACGUACUCCAGUUCUGUCAAAGACUGCCGGACGAGUGUGUGCUCGUCCAUAAGAGGCUCGAGCGUUUCAUACAAGCGACAGAGAAGGCUGAAAAGGCCGAACUUCUCUGGCGGGGAAGGGGGAUACUCAGCCACGUGCAAGCCAUUGUCUGCUCUAGUCUGUUGAUGUAUGAUGCCUGUGUCGAUGGCGAUGAAGUGGCCCUGACCGUGGCAUCGAGAUACGUCCGUUCUCAUGCGGGAUAUGACACGCAGUCACCUUCUCAGUGGCAUAGUGAGUCGCUAAAGGAUAAGAAGGUCUUUCUAGGAGCAGGUAACAUUGCAACUGGGAAGCUAUAAGGGACUUAUUUGGACAUCUUGGCCUGUUUGAGCUUGCACUAUAUUUGAUUUGGCACAUGGCAGAGUAU